AUGCGUCAGUCAAUACGGCUACCCUGCCGUGUGGCAGCCGUUCCGGCAGCGUCACGCAGCUACUCGUCCCAUCCGCCCAACGCCAAGUACAACCUCCCUAUCGACUACGCCAGCACGUCCAUGCUGGCACAGACCACGAGAGCUGCUCUCACGAGUGCCGAACUACCCGAAGACAUCCGCAACGGUCCCACCAAGAAGAUGAACCUCUUCCAGGCCGUUGGAGACGCAAUGCACACUGCACUGGCAGAAGAUGACUCGGUUCUGGUGUUCGGCGAGGACGUUGCCUUUGGUGGCGUCUUUAGAUGCACGAUGAAGCUGGCAGAGACCUUUGGUGGCGAGCGCGUCUUCAAUUCGACACUGAACGAGGGUGCAAUUGUUGGAUUUGGCGUGGGCUUGGCGGCAGCGGGCAUGAGACCCGUGGCGGAGAUCCAGUUUGCGGACUAUGUCUUCCCUGCCUUUGACCAGAUCGUCAACGAGGCGGCGAAAUACAGAUACCGUGAUGGAGACAGCGGCCGGCAUGUCGGCGGCCUCACGAUCCGCAUGCCGUGCGGCGGCGUCGGGCACGGAGGCCUGUACCACUCCCAGUCGCCCGAGUCCUUGUUCACUCACGUCCCAGGCCUUCGAGUCGUCGUCCCACGAUCCCCGUCUCAGGCCAAGGGUCUGUUACUAGCAUCCAUCCGGUGCAACGAUCCCGUCAUCUUUUUGGAGCCCAAGAUCCUGUAUCGCGCUGCCGUGGAGCAAGUCCCCGUGGGUGCGUACGAACUGCCCCUCUCCAAGGCCGAGGUCGUCAAGGAGGGCAAAGACGUCACGGUCAUCUCCUACGGACAACCCAUGUACAACUGCGAAGCCGCAAUCCGGCACGCCGAGAAGGAGCUGGGCAUCUCCGCGGAGCUGAUUGACCUGCGGACAGUGUACCCCUGGGACAAGGAGACAGUCUUUAACAGCGUGCGCAAGACAGGGCGCGUCAUUGUCGUGCACGAGAGCAUGGUGAACGCGGGCGUCGGCGCGGAAGUAGCAGCAGCCAUUCAGGAGGAUCCCGAGACAUUUGUGCGGUUGGAGGCACCCGUGUCGAGAGUCGCGAGCUGGAGCAUCAACCACGGCUUGCUGUACGAGAAGUACUCUAUCCCGGACAUUACUAGAAUCUUUGAUAGCAUAAAGACCAGCUUGGACUAUUGA